UUGUUAAGAUACACUUUGUUGUACAAGGAUAGCAACUUAUUACCACUUUCUAAAAUUCAUCAUGGGAUUUCUAUUCUCCAAGUUAGCGGAUAUUUACGCAGAUUUCAGGAACGAUCCAGCUAGAAUUUUAAUGGUCGGACUUGAUGCCGCAGGUAAAACAACGUUAUUGUAUAAAAUCAAGCUAGAUGAAAAUGUGAUGACAAUACCUACAAUAGGAUUUAAUGUAGAAACUGUCUCACCUGUUAAAGGUGUAACAUUCACCAUGUGGGAUGUUGGAGGACAGGAUAAAAUACGACCUCUCUGGAGACAUUAUUUCCAAAAUUCAGAUGCUGUAUUAUAUGUUGUUGAUAGCGCUGAUCAUGAACGAUUACAAGAAGCUCAUGAUGAAUUGAUGACAGUAUGUGACAGUGAUGAAAUGAGAGGUGUUCCUAUUGUUGUGUUAGCAAAUAAACAAGAUCUUAAUGGAGCGAUGUCCGCAUCUGCUUUAAUUGAAGGUUUGAAUCUGAGAAAAUUUACAGACCGGAAAUGGUUCGUACAGGGGACAUGCGCUGUAACGGGUGAUGGUAUUUUUCCCGCCAUGAAAGAACUCGCAAGAUUAGUUAAAGACUUUAAAAAAUCGCAAAGAUAAACAACCCUGUUUUGACUUUGAGAUGUGUGAUAUUGUAAAACAAUCAUAACUUUUAUACUGAAAAGAUGUAUAUAUCUUAGUCUGUAUUUACUGUGAUAUUCAUAUGGAUUUACAAGUGAGGAGUGAUUGUGGGCUGUGCAUAUAUCGAAAACACGAAUUAUUUGUAAAUUUAAAUUCACAUUGAUGUUGUGAUCUUAAUGUGAAAAGAUGAACUUCUGAUAUCCAAGACAAAUUAAACAUUUUACCAUUGGUACCAUAAUACGUAUCAGUGCUAUUUGUAACAUAUCAAACGGUGACACCAUAUUCUUGUCUGGAGAGCAUGCGCAAUAAAUACUAGCGGUGUAGACUGGAAUAACCAGACGCAAGAGAUAGCCAUCGGAGUGAGACGUCUGGCGUAUUUCGCCGAGCAUAACUGAUUUGAAAUUGGAGUAAAAACGGAAACGAUUGAAUGUAAAUCACUUCAUAUACAUUUAUAUAUAUAUUGCGACCCAUUUGUGUCAAUUUCUAAGUCACAAAUAUUAGCAAUUUAGCUCCUUUAAAUAGAAGUUAUACCGAAGUCUUUCUUACCUAUCUCGAAGCGCCAUUAACGAUCAGUAUAAUAAUCAUCAGAAAUUUAUCAAAUCAGGGAUUUCUUUAUACUCACCACAUUCCCUCCGAUAGCCUGUAUCAGGACACAAACUAAUAUAUUGGACCAUUUGGGACCAUCUAUACGGCGAUUAGUUUCAAAUUAGAUUCUGUGAUAUAGAGGCACGUCGAUAGAAGUAGCAGGUACUCUUUACACGAAGGGUACAGGAAACGAAAACAACUUAGGCUAUACCUUUGUACUGUAAAGUCGACUUAUAAAAAUGGUUCAUUUUUUGUAUAUACUAUAUAUUCUAUUUUUAUUCUAAUAUGUAUGUAAUAUUGGCUAAGUUCCUUUCUUUGUAUAUAUUUUAUUUUUUUCUAAAAAUUAAAUGUUGUAUGUAAU